AUGGAGGGAGGCAGCAGAUUCCAGAAUAUCCGGGUCUACUGGCUCGCGUUCGUCGUAUAUUGGGGCAUUGUGCUAUUCGGAUAUAAUAUUAGCGUUGGCGGCGGCAUUGUCAAUCACCCGUACUUCCAACACCAUUUCGGAAUGUACAAUGCCGAUGGGACGAAAAAUACCCAUAAAGUCAACAACAUCUCAUCCAAUGUGGUGUCCUCUUUCCAAGCCGGAGCCUUCUUUGGUGCCUUGGGUAGUGUUCCGAUAUCUCCCAAGCUCGGGAGAAGAUACACUUUGCUUAUGUAUUCUGUCCUCUUCUGUGUCGAAUCCACAUCAAAUGGCCUUGCCCUUAUCUACUCCGGGCGGGUCAUAUCCGGUGUUGGAAUAGGUGGUAUUUCGGCUGUAGCUCUAGCUUAUGUCUCCGAGUGUUCGCCCAAAGAAGUUCGAGGACGAAUCACCGGGCUCUUCCAGAUCAUGUUGGCCACUGGAGGCGUGUUAUCCUACUUCAUAAAUUAUGGUAUUGGCGUUCAUAUUUCUAGUGGCGCGAAUGUAUGGAGGAUCCCAUUCGGCGUCCAACUCGUACCGGCUGGUAUCAUGACCUUUGGAUUGCUGACAAUCAAGGAAUCGCCUCGUUGGCUCGCGUCAGUUAACCGAAAAGAUGACGCCCUUAGGAACCUCGCAUAUUUGCGACGACUCCCACCCACCUCCGAGCAAGUCCUGCACGAGAUGGCCGAAAUCGAAGCCGUUACUGAGGAAGAACACUUGGCUCGUGAGGGUCUGCAGUGGAAGGAAGCAUUUUUCGGAAAGGGAAACUUGAUUCGCUUCGUGAUAGCGUUCGUUAUAUUCCUCCUACAGGCAUGGUCGGGUCAAAAUUCUGUGAACUAUUACGCACCCCAGAUAUUUGGAUCCAUCGGUUAUACCGGUACAAAAAACUCUCUUCUAGCAUCCGGGGUCUUUGGCAUUGUCAAAUUGGUAUCCUCAUCGUUGUUCGUCUUCUUCGGAAUUGAAUGGCUUGGACGAAAAUUAUGCCUGAUCAUUUCUGCGUUUGGAAUGGGCACCUUGUUCUAUAUCGUUGGUGCACUUCUGAAGACGCGCCCGCCACUCGUGACCAGUUCCACGAAUGCUUCAGCAUUAUCCCCCGAUGCAGUCAGCCAAGCUACGGCGGCUAUGAUAUACAUAUAUGUAUGCUUCUACUGUUUGGGAUGGGGACCACUCCCAUGGGUUUACGUAUCAGAUAUCUUCCCGACAAGAACAAGACAUUACGGCUUAGCAUUAGGUACUGCAUCCCAGUGGUUGUGGAGUUUCGUCGUGUCCAAAACUACCCCAGACAUGGUCAGCAAUCUGGGUUGGAAGUUUUUCAUAACGUUUGCUACUGUAAACAUCGGUGCAAUGGGCCUUCUAAUCCCGGAGACGAAAGGCCGCAGUCUUGAAGACAUGGACGUUAUUUUCGGCGCCAUCAGCAAGGAAGAGCGGGAUAAGAAUAUCAUCAAACAAGAACACGGACUUGAAGUGAACCUGAGUGUACCCGAGAAAGUCUGA